AUGUUCUUGAAGUUGCAGCUGUUCCUGGCUUGCAUUGUGUGGCGAGCCAACGCGCUGCACCACCACCAAAUGCGGGCGGGGUACCAAGGUCCCGGAUACGGAGGCUACUUUGGCCCCGCUGCAGGAAGUCCUUACAGAGGAUAUUCUGACUACGCCGGACCACCCCAGCCAUACAAUUCAGGCUACGACACGGUGGAUGAGUUCGGCAACCGGCAGUACCGCAGCGAGCAGGGCGACGCCAACAACGUGAAGACCGGUUCCUACGGAUACAUGGACGUGUACGGCCUCUACCGGCGCGUCAACUACGUCGCCGAUGCCAACGGAUUCCGUGCCACAGUCGACACCAACGAGCCGGGCACAGCGCCCGGAGCCAGCGCCGACGUCGUGUUCAACGCCGCGCCGAUUGUCCCGCCGGUUCCCUCUGGAGCUGCAGCUACUGCAGGAUACGGUGCUAGGGCGGCAGUGCCUGGCUACACGAAUGAUUACGGCGGAUACGGUGCAUACGGAUACGGCCAGAAUUCUGCUGCUGCUGCUGCUGCUGGUGCCUACGGGUAUGGUGGAUAUGGACGUUCCGGAUAUGCUCCGUAUGGACAGGGGCUCGGAGGCUCGAGCUACGCUGGAUAUGGACGCCCCAACGGCUAUGGUGCUGCCUAUGGUGCCUUGUAUCCGCCUGAAUUUCAUGAACUGAAAGACUGGAUCGAAGACAUGAAGCUCUGGCCUCCUGUGCAGGAACACAAUAUCAUUUACUACCUUCUGAAGACAAAAGCUUGUGACCGUGAAGAAGUGAAUGCCAUCAAAAGCACUGAAGCCUACAACUAUCUUGAAAGUGGCAAGGUAUACGAACAGUUUGUGUCAGGACCGGUGGAACGCAAGGACUUUGAAAUUACCGCUGCAACGGCCCGUGUACCCAGUGUUGCAAUGUCGGGAGAGUGGGACUUUGACCGGUUGCUCUGA